AUGGCUCUGUCCAUCGACCCGGCCGAGGAGCCCAGGAUGUACCAGCAGACCCUGUUGCAGGACGGUCUCUAUGAUCUACUGGAGAAUGACAAGCUGGUGGACUGUGUCCUGAAGAUCAAGGACAAGGAGUUCCCCUGCCACCGUCUGGUGCUGUGUGCCUGCUCCUCCUUUUUUAGGGCCCUGUUCCUGUCAGACCUGGAAGAGGAGAAGAAGCAAGAGGUGGUGUUGGAGGAUGUAGAGCCGGGGGUCAUGGGUCUGAUUCUGAAGUACCUCUACACCUCCACCAUUAAUGUGACAGAGCAGAAUGUCCAGGACAUCUUCUCUGUCGCCAACAUGUUCCAGAUUCCUUCUAUUUUCACAGUGUGUGUCUCCUUCCUCCAGAAGAAACUCAGUCUCAGUAAUUGUCUGGCUAUAUUCCGACUGGGCCUGAUGCUGGACUGUCCUCGCCUCGCUGUCUCCGCUCGCAACUACGCCUGCGAACGCUUCCAGCUCAUCGCUCGUGAUGACGACUUCCUGACGCUGGGUCCCAGCGAGCUGGCAGCCAUCUUUGACAGCGGACACGCUGAAUGUGGAAACGGAGAAAGAGGUGUUUGAGGCAGUGGAGAAGUGGGUCGGUCAAGAUGUGGAGAACAGGUUGAAGGAACUACCCGGACUGAUGGAUUGUGUCAGACUCAGACUGGUCGACAAGGACUACUUCACUGAGACGGUGAGCAGUAUGUCUAGUGUUAAUCAAAUCAAAUCAAUAUAAAUAUGGACAAGCAAUGACAGAGCGGCAUGGACUAAGAUACAGUAGAAUAUUAUAGAAUAGAAUGCAGUAUAUACAUAUGAGAUGAGUAGUGCAAGAUAUGUAAACAUUUUUAAGUGACUAGUGUUCCAUUUCUUAAAGUGGCCAGUGAUUUCAAUAGGCAGCAGCAGCCUCUAGUGUGCUAGUGAUGGCUAUUUAACAGUCUGAUGUCCUUGAGAUAGACGCUGUUUUUCAUUCUCUCGGUCCCAGCUUUGAUGCACCUGUACUGACCUCGCCUUCUGGAUGAUAGCGGGGUGAACAGGCAGUGGCUCAGGUGGUUGAUGUCCUUGAUGAUCUUUUUGGCCUUCCUGUGACAUCGGGUGCUGUAGGUGUCUUGGAGGGCGGGUAGUUUGCCCCCCGGUAAUGCGUUCGGCAGACCGAACCACCCUCUGGAGAGCCCUGCGGUUGCGGGCUGUGCAGUUGCCGUACCAGGUGGUGAUACAGCCCGACAGGAUGCUCUCAAUUGUGCAUCUGUAAAAGUUUGUGAGGGUUUUAGGUGCCAAGCCAAAAUUUCUUCAGCCUCCUGAAGUUGAAGAGGCUCUGUUGCGCCUUCUUCACCACACUGUCUGCGUGGGUGGAUAAUUUAAGUUUGUCAGUGACGUGUACGCCAAGGAACUUGAAGCUUUUCACCUUCUUCACUGUGGUCCCGUCGAUGUGGAUAGGGGGGUGCACCCUCUGCUGUUUCCUGAAGUCCACGAUCAUCUCCUUUGUUUUGUUUUGUUGAGUGAGAGGUUAUUUUCCUGGCACCACACUCCCAAAGCCCUCACCUCCUCCCUGUAGGCGGUCUUCUCAUUGUUGGUAAUCAAGCCUACUACAGUUGUGUCGUCUGCAAACUUGAUGAUUGAGUUGGAGGCGUGCUUGGCCACGCAGUCAUGGGUGAACAGGGAGUACAGGAGGGGGCUGAUUAUGCACCUUUGUGGGGCCCCUGUGUUGAGGAUCAGCGAAGUGGAGAUGUUGUUUCCUACCUUCCCCACCUGGGGGCGGCCCGUCAGGAAGUCCAGGACCCAGUUGCACAGGGCAGGGUUCAGACCCAGGGCCUCGAGCUUAAUGAUGAGCUUGGAGGGUACUAUGGUUUUGAAUGCUGCGCUAUAGUUAAUGAACAGCAUUCUUACAUAGGUAUUCCUCUUGUCCAGAUGGGAUAGGGCAGUGUGCAGUGUGAUGGUGAUUGCAUCGUCUGUGGAUCUAUUGGGGCGGUAAGCAAAUUGAAGUGGGUUUAGGGUGACAGGUAAGGUAGAGGUGAUAUGAUCCUUGACUAGUCUCUCAAAGCACUUCAUGAUGACAGAGGUGAGUGCUACGGGGCGAUAGUCAUUUAGUUCACUUACCUUUGCUUUCUUGGGUACAGGAACAAUGGUGGCCAUCUUGAAGCAUAUGGGGACAUCAGACUGGGAUAGGGAGAGAUUGAAUAUGUCCGUAAACACACCAGCCAGCUGGUCUGAGCAUGCUCUGAGGACGCGGCUAGGGAUGCCGUCUGGGCCGGCAGCCUUGCAGGGGUUAACAUGCUUAAAUGACUGUUAUAAUGUAGUAGGCUUGUGUGUGUAAAAUACUGCUGUUUCUUCUUGUCUGCUGUCUUGAUGUUGUGUGUUACUGUAUGUGAUUGUUGUCACAUGUUGUAAUAAUCUAUAAAUUCUCCCACCAGGUGGAGAAGCAUGAGUGGAUCUGCUCCAACCCUGAGAUGGAGAAGAAACUUCAGCUGGUCAGAGACGCUCAUGCUGGAAA